AUGUUUCUCUCAAACAGAGCGCCCGAGAAGGCCCUUCCCCGCUUCCAGACAAAUACACCACUUGAUUCAACGUUCGAUAAAGAUAUUCGGGAUACGCAUCUCAUCUAUGAUUAUGACGCCGAAGACGCAGAGGGCAACCCGGAAAAGUGGAGAUACGAAAUGUGGUUCUUCUCCGAGGACCGUGUUGUCUAUGCCAUCCACGGUGGGCCCAUGAACGGCCGCAUAAACUACCAGACGGCGACUUAUCAGUGCAUCCGGCCCGGCGAGUUGUGGCAGGUAAACUGGUUGGAGGAGACAGGAACGGUGUGCUCCUUGGUGUACGACAUCCCCAAGCAGAAGAUUUCGACGCUCAUCUCAUUCUCGAGAGGGCACUGGGAGAACCCUCAGGCGGCGCAUGGUGAUAAGCGUAACCCGGGAGACUUUGCGAGAUGGAGAGUUCUCUCGAGAUUCGGAAACCAGACAGAUAGGUUCAUGUUGUCUGAGCAGGCAGAUAUUGUCGAAAACUUCAAGGGAAGAGGGGAUCUUGUACCGAUCGAGGAGCACGCGAAAACGUUCUGA